ACACAGAAUCGAAAUGGCGGAGUUUGCCACUUGUUCCCAGGACAGCGUCGUCUUCUGGGACUACAAGUCCGUUUCCUCCAAGAGAUCCGUCCAACCGUUCGGUGGCUCUGGCUACCACAUUCAGUCGGCGGGCUGGAGCAGCAGCAACAGCAAGCUAAUGGUGGCUCCCAAGUGGGGCGACUGUAUUGCCUGGUGUGAGCCAGCCUCUGCCAGUGAAGAGUGGAACACAAUAUGGCACAAGGACAGAGGUCACUUUACGUGUGGAUGUUUCCUGGGCAACAGCCGCUACCUCCUCUCGGGCUCCUCCGAUGGACUUCUCAUGCUCUGGGACCUCAAGAACAAAAACUCCACCAAAACCAUUGAGGGUCAUUCAAGUCCAGUGACGGCAGUAGCAAGUGCCUCCAGCGACCAGCUAGUGUUGUCCGCUGGUCAGGACAAGACGCUCGUCCUCCAUUCUCUGUCCUCCUCUCACUCUCUCCAGAACACAGUCAACCUCUCCACCAAAGACACAGCUGAACAGGGUGUCAUAUUGAGACUGAGGUUCUCAGUCAUGGACAGAGCAGUGGCUGCCUCGGCCAGCGAUAGUGGGUGUGUCUGUCUCUGGAGCGUCGAGUCUCAGAGAUUGCUACACAAGUUUCCCUCCUCUGGUCCUGCUACAGACCUGAGCUUUGCCCAGAGCAACAACAAACUUCUCGUGAGCGUUGGCGAGGACUGCAAGAUCCACUUCCUCGACACACAGCAGAGAAAGGAAGUGAUGAUGGUCUCCACGCCAUCUCCGCUGAGCUCGGUUACCAUUCUCAGAGACGGCUACACUGUCGCUGCCGGCGGAGUGGAUGGGAAGUUGUAUGUUUACGAGCUGCGAGCGAUGAAGAGUCCGAAGCACGUGCUGGAAGCUCACCAGGGAGCAAUCACCUGCAUUGCUGAACAGAACUCUGCCAAGUCUUCUAGAAGUUCAAUGAAGAAGGCAAAGAAAUCAGCCAAGGAGUCAUCCAGACUCAGCAGUCUGACUCCAUCAGACAGUCCUGCCACCCCUGCUGACUGCACUGUUCCACUAAACAAUCAGCACACCCAUCCAGCCCCCACCACCACUCCUUCCCUCGAGACAGCUCCUCCCCCAUUGCCCCAACAGCCUCCUCCUCCUCUCCCUCUCGCCUCUCACGUAGUAGCUCUCUCUAGCAGGGUCCCUGCUCUACCUCACCAGACCCCCUUCCCAGCCGGUCAGCGAGGUGCAGUCCAGUGGGGCCAGUUCACCACUCCUGCUCAGACAGCCGGUGACAAAGACAGCACAGGGAUAUUCAGUCCUGUGGACUCCACGCUGAGCACCCCCCACCCUUCCUCUGGCGCUAGUGAGACUGGUGGUAGCGGCGCAAAGACAGCCACAGCUCCACAUCAGUACGCACUGGGGCAGCAGGCUUCAUCGGCUGGUGCUAGCAGUUCAUCUGAGACUAGGUCUAACUGUACAAUUAGAAAACUUUCCCAAGUUGUUGUCUAUGAAGUCUUAUCAGUAGAGACCAUACUAUCUCAGCAAAGAUUUUUCUUUCUUUCUCACCAUUCGAUCACUAUGCCUACUUCCUCUGAUCUUAUUCCUACUUCCUCUGCCAGUUAUAUUGUGGGGAAGACUUGCAUGAGCACACUGGUUGCUUCUCUUUUCCUUUAAUGGUGCCCCCAGGAUGUGACCGUAAUGUGAUCAAAGUACUGCGUUGUACUGUCUUCCUCUCUGUGUAUGUGCUUUGCAGGGGCCGAUAUCCUCUUGUUUCCACAUUUGUUUCCUCUACUCCAGCAAUGCAACACCCUCCACUUGGUAUGUCUGGGAUAUUUUCGCCUCUGGAUGCACCCACUCCGGCCUCCCUCGUCGGGGGUCUGACAACAAAGAGUUCGAUUGUGGGGGAUCCAAUUCACGGGGUCCGAGGUGUGGAGGGGGAACGGUGGCAGGGGCCGCGAAAUGCUCCGUCGAUGACUCCGUCUGCUUCUACUCCAGCUCUGAGUGGUGUGGGUGCCCUCCAACCUCCUCCAAACCCAGUCGCCGGGGGGCAGUCAGAAGGGUGUUUACCUACUCAUCCUCCGAGUGCUCCACACACACUUCCCACUACCUCGAGUACUUCACAGACCUCACUUUUGUCUCAGCUCUCCUCCGAGAACGACUCAUCUCCACUGCCGCCCGGUGAUACAAAUUCCCCUCCAAUGACCAAAGGAGGGGGUUCGGAGGUGGAUGGCCCAGAGACCGGAAGACCACUUGUAUCCACACAGACCUCUUGUCACACUGAGACCUCUCCCAAGGACCCACGGGCAGUGGUUCAGUUGCCAGUCGUCCCUGAGGCCAGCAGCGUUCACCUCCAGUACAUGGAGAACCUUAUCCGUGACUCCAAUGAAGAAAUGAGACUUGCAGUGCAUCGCGACAUAAGAGCUCUGGGUCUCGACAUGUUCAGACAGUUUCUAAUGUUGCAGCAACAGGUCGGCACGGCAGUGUCUGCGCUACACGAGAAGAUUGACAGACUGAGCGAGGAAAACAAACGCCUCCAGGAGCAGCUACACCAGUACGCACCCAACUACUAACACAGAAGCCAACUCAAUGAACGGUCGUUGAUAUAACUUGUGCAGCCACUGCCAUUGAAAUAUGUCAAGAUUGUUGAGUGUGUGUAGUUAUGUAUGUCCACGACAAUAAUUGAGUUUGGGGUGUACCCAUGGGAAAUGUUACAAGAUGGUUGAAUGAAAAUAAACAGAGAGAAUCACACGUAACACAAUAGGCAAACUACACAGCUGCAAUACUGCUGACAGUUUUCUGUCUGUUGCGUGAUGAUGAUUUGUGCAGCAAAUAGAAAGUGUAAAAAGUCACGAUGCACAGAGCCAACAAAAUUAGGCACAGCAGAGAGGCAAAUGUCUGCAGCAGGGAAACAGAGAGGAAAAAUUUGGAAUCAGAAAGUGAAUUUUAUUAGAAUAACUCACGGUGCUUCCAGCUACGGCUCUGAACAGACUGUCAUCUCUACUGUCUUGGUUGAUGUUGGACCAGUGAUAUGCCACUACACCUUCUAGAGUUGUGCUUCCCGUUGCAGCCACCACCAGUACGAAACUAGCCAAGAAAUCCGUUAGCUUGAGGUAGACAAGAGUGGAGAGGGAAGGCUCGUAGACGUAGACGCAGCAUUUCGACGCGAGAAUGAGCGCCGUCUGCAGAAUGAGUGUCGUUGCGGCGGCGGCCGUCAGAAUCCCCGUCACGACCAAUGUCUGAUCGAUGAGUGGUCCGUUCGCCGGGCGUUCUCCGGACUCGACCAGUCCACCAUCUCCCUCCUCAGCCGUCUUGGGUUCAUACUUCAUGGCUGUGUUGAGAGCUAUGGCUCCUGCGAUCAAGGUAAGGCUGCUGGCGAUAAUUGCGCCAAGUCUCAAGUACUCUCCUGUGGACGUUACUUUUUCCCAUAGGGAAGCAAAUCUGUUUCGUUCUUCAGCCAUUUCGAUUCUCUAGCACAAUCGGAUAUUUCUGUUUUGAAGAGCUCCAUGCACGCAUUUUUAUAAAACCCGCCGACCUGUCGUCGUGGCGGUUCGGUUCUGCACCCCGGAAAUGCAUGCGCGCGCG